AAGAGCGGCGGGUUGAGGCCUGAGGGUUAAAGCCUCGUCGAGGCCACUCUCAGCGGGAAAGGCGAGAGCAAAUGGAGGGAAAAUUCAAGUCUCUUUCAAUGGUGGGAGCUGGAGCUCUCUUCGGUUCGGUUUCUACUUUCUUCAUCCUCAAGCUUCUUCACAGACGGAUCGCGAACGUAGCUGAAUCGAAGGCAAACAAGCUGCGUGGUAAUGGACAUAUGGUUGAGACUGCUAUAACUGGCGGUCCUAUAGUUGGGUGCACCGAUCAUGGGAUUUCUGACGUAGACCUUCUAAGUGAUGAAAUUGUUGCCGAACAACUAACAAGGAACAUUCAGUUCCUUGGCCUUAGCGCACAGAAGAAUGUGACUGCAUCUUAUGUUGUGGUCAUUGGUCUUGGUGGUGUUGGGAGCCACGCUGCUAUGAUGCUUCUACGAUCAGGGGUUGGCAGGCUUCUUCUUGUUGACUUUGAUCAGGUGUCACUUUCUUCUCUAAAUCGACAUGCCGUUGCGACAAGAGCAGAUGUAGGUGUCCCAAAAGCUCAGUGCCUGAAGGAGCACUUUCUGUCCAUCUUGCCAGAGUGCCAAGUAGAAGCAAAAGUGGUAUUAUAUGAUGCAACGUCUGAAGAAGAAGUUCUUUCUGGGAAACCUGAUUUCGUUUUGGACUGCAUUGACAAUAUUGAUACAAAGGUAGCACUUCUUGCUGCAUGUGUACGUAGAGGUUUGAAAGUAUUAUCAGCAACAGGAGCCGGAGCUCGAGCUGAUCCAACAAGAAUUCGCGUGGCUGAUUUAAGAGAGUCGACAAAUGACCCAUUAUCUCGAGCUAUGAGGCACCGUUUGCGGAAAGGUUAUGGCAUUGAAGGGGGCAUUCCUGUUGUAUUUUCUUUAGAAAAACCCAAAGCAAAGCUGCUUCCAUUCCAAGGACCAGGUGGAGAAGCUGAAAAUCCUUCAGAUUAUCAGAUAGUUCCAGGGUUCAGAGUUCGUAUCAUACCUGUUCUGGGCACCAUCCCUGCAAUUUUUGGACAGGUAAUGGCCUCGUACGUUGUGACGCAGCUAGCAGGGCUGCAAGUGGAAACAGAGCCUGUUGUUAAUUUGGACACCGAACAUUAUAGGUUGCUUCAUCAGCGACUCAUUGAGCAUGAAGAAUCAUUGUAUGGAACCGCCAUGCAAGUCCAGGUAGAUGUUGAAGAAGUGAUGUUUGUUGCAAAAGAGCUAUGGCAUGGAAGAAGCGCGAGAGAUGAGUGUGCCAAAGAUGUUGGACGGGGAAUGUGGCGAGCUAUUAAUGAGUUAAUGCUUGUGAGGUGGGACCAAGCAAAACCAGCAUCUGUAGCUAACUUAAUUCUUUUGAAAUUUAAAGAGGCUGAUGAACACGAGUCAUCGACGCUAGACGACAUAAAGGAAAAGGAACCUGAAUUCUUCAUGAGAGUAACUGCUAUUUUGAAGCGAGCUGAGAUGGAAUUUGGCUUGUGAAAAGAUAAACACUUCUGUUUUCUUAAUAGAAACGAAUUUGUAGCUUUUGUUUCCCAUAUUAUCACAUAUUUUUAGUUUAACAAAAUAGGAGGGUGGCUUAAUUAUUGAGUCAUGCUUAGGUUGGCCUGAUAUUAUCCACGGUGAACUAAAAUUUUGGUGUAGCUAUCAAUAGUAUAUUUGAGAUUCUGUAAAUCUAUUUUGCUGCCAUUUGUUCAUUUUUGGAGUC